AUGUUUUUUAGCAAUAAACAAGCAAAUAAUCCAAACAGUAAUAACGGUCAAAUUGUCCACCAUACAGGAGAUGAUGGAGUAACAAUUGAAACAUCUAUAAACAAUAUAGAACGACUAGUUCAACUGAUUAAACCACUUAUAUUGUUUUUUAUUAUAUUAUUUGCACUCAAUCAAUUAUGGUCAAAUUAUGAUGCGUUUAUGAAUUAUAUGUUUAGAUUGAGGUCUGUUAUAUUUCCUUUGGUAGCUAAUGUUGAUGAUAACGUUCCUAUCUUUGGUCCUUUGGAUUUUGAUUCUGAUGUAAGUAACCCAAUUGAUCCGAUAAGAUUAAUUGUUGUUAUUUUGUUAUGUUUUGCUAUGAUUAUACCGUUUUUAAUCUGA